AUGGAUGUUGUCGUUUAUCUUGCACUCGCCGUUCUCGUCGCCGUCUUCAUCAUCUCGCUAGUGUUGUUGGUGGUCAUGUGUCGACGAAGGUACGAAUACAAUCGACUGCUUACUGCUCACUCCUUAAGGUUCUCCAAGCUCAAGCGGGACAACAUGGACGACUUUGUGCAAUUGAGUCCCUACCUUUGUAAGUCUUUAGCUUCGUGUUUUGUAUGGUUUAGAUUACGAAAGGAUUUCGAAACACUUGGCGCCAUUUGUGACGCUGUUUUACGGGAUUUGCCAGGUGAACUGGGUGUUACUUUAAGCGUGUAUGGUUUAUAAGUUUAGUAGGACGUGGUUUUGAAUACAUUUGGAAAACGAGGAAAAGAAGUUUAAGUAAAGACAACAUUAGAGGCUGUAAAACACGUGAUAUCUUAAGACGAGUGUUUAUUUGACAGUUUUUGAGUAAUAUAAGGGAAGGAGCUAAUUCAUUUUGGUAAAUCUUAAAAACUGAGAGCUACAAAAAACAAAACUCUUAGUUUAUUGGCUCAUGGUAACUUAAAAAGUCACAUUUUUUAAAAAUUUUGUAGUUCUAAGAUGGCAAAAACUCAAUUACUAAAAUUUUAAAGACUUAAAAUUAUUAAAAGUUUUAAAUCAUGGAAUUCCUAACCAAAUUUGCCAUUUUCAGCUCAAGCCUUAAGCAAUAACGAAUGGAUUUUCGAUGUGAAUGGAGUCCUGGAGCACUCCGUGUGUAUUCUCAAGCUUUGCCAUGUAAUAACCGACAAACUGUCGGCCAUCUCACUGGACCAAGUUAGUCCUCAACUCAACGAAAUUAUUUGUGAAGCCACGGCUCGUGUCGUCCCCCGCUUCGAUGCUGUGCUACAAGCACUAGCAGCACGAAAAGUCGAUGUACGACUAACAGAAGCACGAGUUACCGGUCUCACCACUGCCGUAUGGGCCCUGGUCCAGCCUUUUUGUAUAUUAGACCCCAAGUACAAGGAAACGUUUGGGCCGAUGUUGGCCGAAAUGGAGGAACACCAACGUUUCCUCGCCUACACGAUCCAACGUGCUGAAGAGGCUGUGGUGCACGAGGUCGACGAAACCAAAACCCCCACGACGUCGAUCGCCGUAGAGAAUCGGAAGCCGCAGGUUCCGAAUGGGAAAGUUGUGAGUAACAACGCCCUGCCCCCUACCUCAACGCAGGAUCAGACCCUGUUAAGUGAAGAACCGCCCGACGAGAAUGGUGAUGUUCAGAGGAUUGAAGAAGCUACGCCGCCAGCAGAUCCGUCGACGUCGUGA